AGAAGUGGAGAGUAGCAAGCAAGAGCCUUUUUCUAAUUUUCGCUUUGCGCCCCUACUAUAAUACCGAUCUGUCUGUCUUGACAAUUGUCAGCCCACCACAUCAAGUCAUCAUGCAAUUCCUUCUCUAUAUUGCUGCUGCCCUGAGCCUGGGGACUGCUACUCUGGCCGCACCGACUCCAGAGACGGAAGUCAGUGCGGAUCCGUCCACCUACCAAUGGCAUGGUUGUGGCUCCGUCGGCAUUUGUCAUAGCGAUAGCGACUGUCAGGCCGACUCGAACUGCCUAAGUACGGCCCAGGGUUCACAUCCACUGUGGACAGGAGAACCAUCCGACUGCAUGCUGGGCUUGGUGGAACGAGUAAGAGCGACACCUGGACCAUUUGCGCGAAAACAAGUCAUGAACAAAUCAACCUGGUGGAUAUAAUGCAGUUGAAGUGGGAGACUUGAGUUACGACAAUAAUGUGGAUUGGAUAAUGGGGCUUUCUUUUUCUUCUUAUUUCCCUUUUGCUAUCGCGACUGCGAUAUGGCAGCGAACAUUUUCAAU